AUGUUAGCGAGAAAAUCGGUAAUUCUCGCAGUUGGGAUAGUUAUUGUCAGGCUUGUUUUUGGCCUUACCUUUCUGUUCGUCAAUGAAUCUGCGGGAGAAGAAUUUACAUCAAGCAGUGGCCAACUGUCAAAUGAAAGAGCUGCCAGUGGCAACUGGUCUGACGAGUUCUGUUUACCCGAUGACGUUGAUACUCUCAGCCAGACAUUAUCACCGGUAAUCUACACGGUGAUUGGAGGAACCGGUAUGCUAGGAGUCCUUUUGUUGACCUACGCAUGCUACAGGUGCCACAACCGAAGCUUACGUGUGCAGCACGCCCGCUACCUGGCUACUUUACCUUCACCGCCCCAGUUCCCUACUGGAGCAGCUCACAUCUACAGAGAUGAUCUCAGGGUGAUUUUGGUGAAUGAAAACUAA